AGGGAGAGAUUUCCACACCUUUGUAAAUAAUGUUUCGUUCCCCUCUCCAACCGAUAUAGGAUCUCACAUAUAAAGUCACCAAUUGCCAUCUUAAAUGUAUCUAUGUGUAGUAGAAUGAAGCCAUUUUUCUCUAGGUUGAGAUUUUCAUUUUCUGUAAAAUUUAGUUGGGAAGCUUGACAACUCUGUGUUUAAUGCAUAGUUUUAUUGCUAAGUUGCUUAAUCUUUUUGACUAUGAAUGUUGGAAAGCAUGGAUGUUAUUGUUACUUCAUAUCUGCAUGUAAUUUCCUAAAGUUCAUUGGUUGAUCUGUGAUUAUGGCUUUUAAAUAUUCAAAUGCCCCCUUUACUCAAUUAUUUUGUUGAGUGUGACAUCUUUAAGGUAAGUAUUGCAUGCUGCAUCAACCAACCAGCCUGCUUUCCUAGGCUCCGGAUCGACGAGGCAAUUCAUGUGAGGUUGGGCUAAGCAUGCUGAAAGAACUUUCUAUUUGACGGCAAGAUUUUUGGGUUCGAAGAUGCAUCUGGCGGCGUGGAAAUGUGGGUUUGGAGAGCUGAGGCCUUUGGUUCACUUGUUGUUGCCUUUAUGCGUCCAUUGGAUUGCUGAAGAAAUGACUGUUUCUGUUCUUGUUGAUGUUAUCACUAAUGCUCUUUGUCCUGGAAACCCCACUUGCCCUCAAGCUAUUUACUUCAAUGGAACUGAGCAAACGGUCGUUGGAAUCUUCAAAAUGGUAGUUCUUCCACUGCUCGGUCAGCUUGCGGACGAGUAUGGUCGAAAACCUUUACUACUACUAACAAUAUCAACAAGCAUAUUUCCUUUUGGCGUUCUUGUUUGGGAUCAAUCCAAGGCUUAUAUAUAUGCUUACUAUGUGCUUCGUACAAUAGCAAAGAUACUGAGUCAAGGCAGCAUAUUCUUCAUUUCUGUUGCAUAUGCCGCGGAUCUUGUACAUGAAAGUAGGAGAGCUGCAGUAUUUGGUUGGAUCACUGGCCUUUGUUCCGCUUCCCAUGUCGUCGGAAACUUGCUAGCACGGUUUCUACCCGAAAAGUACAUUUUCUUGGUCUCAAUCGUUCUGUUGAUCUUUUGUCCCAUCUAUAUGUAUUUCUUCUUGGACGAGACCGUACAACGAGUACCAAAGAGCGAUGGAGAACCUGGCUGCUUAUCAAAGACGGUCGACGUUCUUAAUAGACGAUUCGGAACAAUGAGAGAUGCAGCUGGAAUAGUCCUUGACAAUCCAACACUUAGGAGUAUAACUUAUGUUUCUUUCUUCCUUAAGUUGGGAAUGACUGGCAUCACUAGUGUUCUAAUGUUCUAUUUGAAGGCGGUUUUUGGCUUUGAUAAAAACCAAAACUCGGAAAUCUUGAUGCUCGUCGGAUUCGGCUCGAUUUUCACUCAGAUGUUGGUGCUACCACUUAUAAAUCCACUGAUAGGCGAGGAAGCUAUAUUAUGCUGGGCAAUACUUGCAUCAGUAGCUUAUGCCUUGUUCUAUGGCUUGGCAUGGGCAGCAUGGGUAGCAUACUUAGCUGCCUCAUUUAAAGUCAUAUAUGUCUUAGCAAGGCCUGCAAUUUACGCAAUUGUCUCGAAAGCUUCGAGCUCGAGCAAUCAGGGGAAGGCUCAAGGAUUUGUUGCUGGUGUGGAGUCAAUAGCAAGCUUAUUGUCACCACUUGUUAUGAGUCCCUUGACCUCAUGGUUCAUUUCUAGUGAUGCCCCUUUUGAUUGUAAAGGCUUUAGCAUUGUCUGUGCCUCCAUAUGCUUGGUGAUUUCUUUAUGGCAUGGAUGUUGCCUGCUGAAAGGACAUGAAAGCAAGGAGGAGGAGGAUGACCUUGAGACACCAUUUUUGAACUAAAGCUUAAAUGUUGAAUUUUAAAUUGUA